GUUCUUGCUCUGAUCUUCCUUCCCAGUCUCCAUCAUCCAGAGAUCCAUCGUUUUUUCUUCGGCUCAUCUUUGAAAUUUUAAUUUUUUUCUUCAAAGGCUAGUCCUUACUGUUUGACGCGCGAGCCGCCGAUCGACAGCUUCCUUCUACUCUAUCCUCUUUUGCAAACAACACGGUCUUUCGACGAACCAUCCACUACUUAUUAUUUUUUUUCCGAAGGUGUCAACCGAAGAAGUUCAAUUUUAAACUUCAAAAUGCAGUUCGCUACCGUCGCUCUCGCCGCCCUGGCAAUGUUUACUGGUGUCGAUGCCCAGCAAGUCCACGCUGUCCGUGUUGGCCAGAACGGCACCAUCUUCUCGCCCAACAAGAUCACCGCUCGUACUGGCGACAUGGUUCAGUUCAUGUUCAUGGGUGGCAACCACACCGUUACCCAGUCGCCCUUCGACGACCCUUGCCAGCCCAUCAGCAAGACCAUGAAGAACGUGACCGGCGUCCAUACCGGCUUCGUUCCUUUCGCGGCUAGCGCCGCCAUGGGAAAGAUCCCCGUCUACACCAUUCGUGUCAACAACACCAACCCCAUCUGGCUGUACUGCGCCACUGGCCCUCACUGCAAGAACGGCAUGGUCAUGGUCAUUAACGAGCCUACCAACCCCCAGCGUUCUCUGGCCGAGUACAAGAAGGCUGCCUCCCAGAUCACCGGUGCCGCUGGUGUUCCUGGCGGUCCUUCUGGUGGCCAGUCCGGCACCACCCCCAGCACUGGUGGAACCGGCGGUGGCAGCACGGGUGGCAAUGGUAGCACGGGUGGCACUGGCAGCGGCACUGGCACCGGUUCUGGUGGCUCUACUCCUGGUGGCUCCGCACCUGGUGCUUCUGGCAGCCCCGCUCCCGUCCCCGCUGCCGGCUCCAUGGUUGCCCCGAGCCUCGGCCUUAUUGCCCUGGCUGCCUUCUCUUACCUCUUGUAAGCAGACGGGACGCCUUUCUCGUUCUGGGGUGGUCAAUAAAAGCCGCGCCGCGGGCUCCAAGAUGAAGCGGAGCGUUUGGUGGGCCGUACUAGGCCAUAAUUCUUGGAUGGGGGCCGUCGCGAUCAGCGAGGCCGGUGGCUAUCGCUUUGGACAUGUCAAAAGAGUUCAUUGAUUCUUGUGUGUCUAUAUGCCCCGGCUAAAGGCGCUUUGUACAUUUGGGGCUUUGGCCUCCCUUUUUUUCUUGCGCGCCCAUACCCACAUAAAUCUUGCCCGCAGCGGUGUGUGCGUUUAUUACUUUUAGUGACUAGCAUUUUUCGAAGUUAACGAUGGAUUUUUGAAACUCAA